UAUGAAAGUUCUUUUUAAUUUUCUUAUUGUGUCCGUUUACUUUUUGCAAGCGAAAGAUGUGAAUGCUUUACCAUAUCAGAAGAAAGUUUCGGCAAAGGAAAGAAGUAAUUUCUUAGACGAUCUUUUUCGAACGGAUUAUAGAGAUGAGAAGAAAACAAAGGAUGACUAUUUCUUAACUGCCCGGCGGCUUUGUAAAAUGACAUUUAAUGUCAGUCCAAUGCAAUUCUUAAGACGACCCGUUCAACGUGCCGAAAUUAGGGUUUAUAAGAACGUCCCUCGUUUCAAAUUUUUUAAAAACAGGAGAAGACGAAAACGAUACUGGACAGCGAAAUUAACCAUGCACGAAAGUUCGGCCUAUACUCACAUUCUCAAAUCUUCGUCGAUUCUUGAUUCUAAACUUGUUUCUAUUAACGCUGUCGGUUGGAUAAGUUUUGACAUAACUCGAGCACUAAAGAAAUGGAUUCGGAAACCUUCAUCGAAUUUGGGCCUUGAACUAUGGGUUGAAGGUACAACCGUUGACAAGAAAUCAGAAAAAACUGUUCGAAAGACGAAUGUCGUUUGUCAAAAUCUAGAAAACCCUACAAGACGAGAUCCAGUACUCUUUGUUUAUCAUAAGUUUUCAAAAGGUCGACGUCGGUAUAAAACCUCAGUCAAAAAGUCUAAAUAUCGAAAAGGACACUCAAAAAACAAUGAAGUGUUAAAAAGCCCAAAUUAA